AUAUGAAAGUAUGUUCCCUGCAUUUUAUCGAUGAUGAUUAUUUUUAUCGAGAUUCCAGUUCUACACAGGAAGAAUGUUUGAAAAAGACUGAUGUGCCUUCCAGAAAUCUUCCUGUUGUAUCCACUACCACAAAGAAAGAACCUGAAUGUUCUAGUAGUAGAUCUGAAAGAUUGAAUCAAAGAAAUAUCAACAAAGAAAAACUUAUUGCUGAAGAAUGCUCUUGUGAAGAAAUCGAACCUACUCUACAAUCUACUUCCCAAGAUGAAAUCGAAGCUGCACAAGGUCUAUUACAGCUUCUUCAGGGCCAGCCUGAUUAUAAUGGGCCUAAAACUAUCAAGGAUUCCGAAGUGCAAGUGAAUACUCCUGAAGUAUCUUCUUUGUGUGAUCUGAUAACAACAGAUAGUGCUCUGAACAGUUUUACUGGUCUCAAUAAUAUGAAACUAUAAGAUACAAUAGUAGA